UUUCUAAUUUUUUUCUAAUUUUUUUCCAUUCUUUCUUCAGUUGCUUCAAAAGAGCAAAAACGUUGAUGUUGAGGAUUAUGAUCGAGUGAAGAAACUUGCUAUAGAAAUUCAAGUUGUUUUAUUAGCAUAAAUUGCUCAUUUAAAUGAGUAUUGAGGCCUCUUUUUCAACCUUGCAGUUGUAUAACACAAUUGAUUUUUUUAUAAAUGUUUCAUGCCUUAUACAUGAACUUUGGCUGCUUCAAAUGUAGAUGUCCUAGUUGAAGUUAGAAGAUAUGAAGAUGCUAGUGGUGGUGUUGCUCAAGCUAUGGAUGAUUUGGAGGUUCCUCCAAUUGAUGAUAAAUAAUGAAGGUCAUGGAGGAGAUGAUGACUUUAAUGAAUAUGAAGAUCAUGUGGAGGAAGAUGACUAUCCUGUAUUUAAUAUGAAUUAUUUUAUUGGAUAGUUUGUUUCAAACAUUUGUGAAUCUAUAAGUUGUUUUUCAAAUAAGAAGUCCAUCCGAGAACCAGGAUUCUGUUUCACGUCUAGAAAAAGAUCUUGCAAGCCACCGAUUGCAGCUUAUGGAGAGAGAAAAGAGAAUUCAUGACAUUCUGCAUGAUGAGGUCACUGGGAUAUUCUCUAUAUUUGAUGUUUGGUGAUAUAUUUUCUCUAUUAGCAUUAAUUGUGUUACGAUUUAACAAGGCUAACCUAAAACUUGAUUUGGAGAAGAAUAAGAAACUGCUGGCUGAGUAUAAGAAGAGGAUUGAUGUUUUGUUAAGGGAAAAGGAAGAUGCAGGUAAAGAGAACCAACAACUAUCUAGGCAAUUAGAUGAGAUUAAACAAGGGAAAAGUUCAACACCUGAUACAACUAGUGAACAAGUGAUGAAGGAAGAAAAGGACACAAGAAUACAGGUUCAUUUGAAACUGUAGUUUUGUUUUAACUCACUACCAUAAUUUUACCUAUUUUGUUAUGAACAAUUUGUCCUAAAUUUACUUGUUAUUUCUGGAGAAACAUCUAGAGAGACUUAGAGAUAAAUUAAAGAAGGAGAAAGAAGAAAGUCGCCUUGAGAGAGGUACACGACUGAAGAGUGAAAAGGCCAUAAAGGACUUUUACAACAAUGUUGAACAUGUUCUUCCCUUCACUCAC